ACUCAUCAAUAUGCCACGCGGGCAAGGCUGACGGUCCACCUGGCCAAAAAAUGCCGAACUCUGAAAAGAGGUGCAGACAAGGCAAGAUGGUUUCGCGAGCCACCAAGGGGAUCGAGCUGAACAGGGUCUUCUCCGUCUUUACUGUCGUCACCGUUAUUUUAAGGCCCAUCAGCUUCCUCGCUAUAGAUUUGCCAGCCUCUUACUAUUUAUUACCUGCUCCUUACAUAGGUUGCUUCCUUGGCGUUUAUCAGCUAUGUCAACGCCACGUCAAGGAAGUUCGUCGUCGUUCUCAUCAGUGAGGUGAAUUGGUUGAUCAGGCGAGAAUGUCUUGAGCGCAUCAGACCUUGGCCUCGAAGGUUGCGUGACAGCCUGAAGAGAUAGUUCCUGCAUUGCGGUUACUGCCGAAGACUUCGAAAAAGAUGGGAAAUGAAGGGCCAGCGUUGCGUUAGAUUCGCGUCCUCGUACGGUCCCGCCGUGCCCGCCGUAUAAAUAGAGCCCCUCCUGCCCAACGUCCC